CCUGAAACUAACUAACGAGAUCCCAGCGAUAGCGAUGAUCAUGCAGCCACUGUUAAGUCAUCUGCCGUCUCUGCACCAACUAUAUCUGAAACAACCGCUGUGCUUACUUACUUACUUCCUUCCUUCCUUCUGUUGCGGCAUUUAUGGAUCUACUAGUCUAGUCUACUUGCUUCAUACCCUGGCUGGCUGUUGGGUCAUUGACAUUGGCACAUGAGCGAAACAAUUAUGUACGCUGCAGUAGAUCAGAUUUUAGGGCAUAUGGAUAGUUGAUAGAGGAGAUUCAUUAUAGAUUUGGACCCCAAUGUGGUUGUGUUUCGUUGGGAUGGAUCGAUGCAUGGUGUAUGUAGUGUGGU